GUCUGUGGUGUCAAACUAGUGAUCUGUGGUGUCAAAAGCCGAAAAAAAAUAUCGGUGGUUCCGUUCGCAGCAAAUUGUUUAGAGUUUUUUAAAAAAUUACAUUAUUAAAAACGUUCUAUUAAUUAAUUAAGUUAGUUUUAAUUGAAAAAUGAGUGGGCCAAACGGCAUGUUAUACGGUGGAGACGAGAUAGGUGCUUUAGUGUUUGAUCCUGGGCAUCAUUCGUUGAGGGUUGGUUAUGCCCAGGAAGAUACCCCUAAAGCUGAUAUACCUGCGGUGAUAGGAGUAGGACCUGCUACUCAUAUACCAGAUGCUGAGGAAAAGGUUCCAGAUGGUAAUGUCACACAGACCGCGACCAAAAAAGAUGAGUUGCGAUACUACAUCGAUGUAACAGAGCUGCAUGUGCCGCGGCCCAACAUGGAAGUGCAGACAUACAUGAAAGAUGGACAAGUCGACAAUUGGGAUCUGUUUGAGAAGAUGCUGGAUUAUUGCUACUCUAAGGUUAUAAGGUCGCCGUCAGAACACCACCCGGCUCUGUUCACGGAGGCUGUGUGGACCACCCGGCCGGCGCGGGAGAAGCUCGCCGAGCUGCUGUUCGAGAAGUACCAGGCACCGGCCUUCUUCCUCGUCAAGAAUGCGGUGCUGGCUGCGUUCGCCAACGGGAAGUCCACGGCGCUGGUGGUGGACGCUGGCGCCAGUCAGACAUCCGCUGUUCCUGUCAUAGAUGGAUACGCUCUAGUGAGUGCAGCGGUGCGGUCCCCGGUGGGCGGCGACCACUUGGUGGCGCAAGCGAAGCACAUGCUCAACAGCGCGCACAUACAGAUGCUGCCCAUAUACAGUAUAGCGAGUAAAGAAGUGAUCCGCGAGAGGGAGCGAGCUAGAUACACACUGAAGACGCUGCCCGCCGGCUUGACGCACUCGUGGCAGCAGUACAUGCUGAAGAGACAGUACGAGGACUUCGUACACUGUGUCGCACAGGUAUCAGAGUCAGCGUACGACGAGCGGGUGGCGGCUUCGGUGCCCGCUGCUCACUACGAGUUCCCCGGCGGCUACCACCAGGACUUCGGCCCUGAGCGGUUCAAGCUCACAGAGUGCCUUUUCGAGCAGAGUUUAGGAGCGCCGCACUUAGUGUGCGCGGCGGCGGGCGCGUGCGACGCGGACGCGCGCGCGGCGCUGUGGGGCGCGGUGGUGGCGUGCGGCGGCGGCGCGUGCGCGGGCGGCUGGCUGGAGCGGCUCAGCAAGGAGCUGAGCAGCCGCGCGCCCUCCGCGCACCGGCUCAAGACCAGCGCGCCGCCCGCGCACCACGAGCGCAGGUUCGCCGCGUGGAUCGGUGGCUCCAUACUGGCGUCCAUCGGCUCGUUCCAGCAGAUGUGGAUCUCCUCCCAGGAGUACGACGAGGGGGGCAAGGGGCAGCUAGAGAGGAAGUGUCCCUAGGAGUGACUCACCCGGGGGGAGGGUGGAGGGGAGUGACACUUGUGGACAUUUGUGAAGUGCUCGGCUUUAGAGGGGAACAUUGUAGCCUAGUUAGUUAGUGUCGAAGUAUAGUUAGAGUAUCGUGCGUUGAGCAUUUUAGGUAUCAGUGGUAAUGCAGUGGCGCGGCAGCAGGGCUAACUUCGCGUGUCUUGAUUUUAGUGUACUUACGACCUGCGAAAUAAGUGUUUCAAUUAUAAAGUUUAUUUGCAAGCCUUGCCAACAACAAAUACAUCUUUUUUUUACAAGUUAGCUCUUGACUACAAUUUCACCUGAUGGUAAGUGAUGAUGCAAACUAAGCGGGCUAACUUCUCAGGAGGACGAUGAAAAUUCACACUCCUUACGGUUUCUACACGACAUCGUACCGGAACGCUAAAUCGCAUGGCGGUACGUCUUUGUCGGUAGGGUGGUAACUAGCCACGGCCGAAGCCCUCCACCAGCCAGACCUGAACCAAUUAAGAAAACCUCAAUCGGUCCAACCGUGGAUCGGACCCAGGACCUCUGUCUUGUAAAUCCACCGCGCAUACCACUGCGCCACGGAGGCCGUCGGACAUGAUACAUAUUAAUAAUUAAAUUUACUCGUAAUAAAACUAAGAAUUAACAGUGUAUUAAUCAUUAUUAAUAAAAUACUUAUAAUAAAUACACGCCAUCUAAAUGUUCACAUGGUCAUGACUACGCUAAGCAUGUUAGUUCAUAAGUCGAUUUUUUUGUAUGUGUAAAAAUAUGUCAAAGUCGCUGGCAAACUUAAUUAAUAAAUAACUUGUCAUCGAUCUCCUAUUAAAAAGUAGAUGCACAAUCAGCGAUCAAAACGUCCCCACUCAAUGAGUGCCAAACACAACUUCUUGGCACUCAAUUCAAGUAGUCGCAUUUGAAAAUUCAACUUUAAACUCAAUUACACACGCUAAGGUUAAAUUUGCUCUGAAUUUGGGAUUUUAUUGAAUACUAGCUGAUAGCCUAUAGCCUUCCUCAAUAAAUGGGCUAUCUAACACUGAAAGAUUUUUUUAAAUCAGACCAGUAGUUCCUGAGAUAAGCGCGUUCAAUCAAACAAAACAAAUAGUACAGAUUGGACUAUAUUUAAAGGCCUUUAGGUAUAAUUUUCUUUACCAAUAAUUCUCAAACUGUCAAAGUAAAAUUGGCUAUUUUUUAAGUGAAAUUUUCUACAUGAUUGUGCGUCAUUUAUUAUAAGAGGUCAAUGUAACUUGUCAUCAAAAUUGUUGCUGCUCGCUAAAAUUGUCUUCAAUAUUUAAUAUCAAUAGGCUAGUUGACACUUUUUUAAAUGUUUUUUUUAGACGUGAUUACAUGAAAAAUUCAAUUAUUAAAUAAUUAUGUUUUUGACAAUACGAACCAAAACGCCUGUCGGCCAUGAUGGUCUGUAUUUCAACUGUUUCAUGACGUCACUACAUCACAUCCCUUACAAACGGAGCGUUUGACAAAAAUAAUAGUUAACAUUUAGUACAUCAAGUAACAUUGUGUUGUGACGUCACACAAUGGACGACAGUGUUUUCACGUUUAGAUAAUUUGAAAAUAAUAAUAAUAAUAAUUAAGAAGAAGCUUUCGCUUAACUGUUGGAUCAAGAGUCGGAUCCAAAAGACAGUGAUUCUUGAGACGGCGCGUAUUGUGAGGAGGUUCCUCACUCUGGAGCCCUGACCACCGGUUGCUUGGGCACUCAAAUGUCCCGCAGCGGGAGGGUGAAUUUUUUUUUAUAAUUUUUUAAUAAUGUUUUGUAUUUUUUACUUAUAUUGUUAAAAAUUUAAAAAAGAGAAGUAAUAAAUAAAUGAGAGAAUAAUAAUAAUACUUAAAAAAAAUGAAGUUUUAAGUGUUUUAAUAUUUUUAAAUGAAGUUUUUUAAGAAAUCCUUAACUUUUAUUAAUUUAUUUAAAUUCAAAUUUUUCAAACGUCAAAAACGCUGUCGUCCAUUUUCUGACGUCACGAACACACUUGAUGUACUAAACGUCGAACUAAUAUGUUUGCCAAACGCUCCGUUUGUAUGGGAUUUAUUAUAGUGACGUCAUGAAACAGUUGAAACAUAGACUGUCAUGGCCGACAGGCGAUUUGGCUCGUAUUGUCAAAAACAUAUUUUAUAACUAAAAUUUUCGUGUAAUCACGUCUCAAAAAAAUAAUAAAAAAAAGUUUAAGUCUAGUAGAACGAUAAUGAACUAUUUAAGACCAUUUAAAAAUGUGUCAACUAGCCUAUUAGACCGCCAUUAUCAAAUGACAUCAAGGCAUUAGCGCCGCGUCUACGGGACUUGUUUCGUUGCGCGGAGUCUACACGGUGACCGUACUAUCUUGUGAUGAAGAAAUUAUAACACUAUACGUUCAGAAUAUGCUUUAUUUACAAUAAUUUUUAAUCAGUAUGACUAAGUUAAUAAUAAAUAAGUACAUUUGUAA